AUGGAAGAUAUCAAAAAGAGGGGCCUUGAAGACGUGGUUGUUGAUGCCAUUACUUUUCAAGAGCUUGGCACUCAGCAUCAAGCCCACGGUGACCAUGGAACCACGAAGGAAGCAUUCCUAGUGGAUCUUGCGGUACUUGAGACUGGUAUUAUACGCGUCGUGGGGAAGUAUGGGAUUAUAAAAUUCGUUCCUCUGAGCAGCGAGGAUCCGAUUAUUUCGCAAUAA